CCCGCCCACCUGUGACCUCACACCUGCUGUCCGCCUCUCCUCCCCUUUCAUCAUCACAACACACAUCACCAACCCUAUCGACCGCAUCUCCCUAUUGCACCCAUCGUCAAACAUCGACUCUCGACUCUCUCUAACGUUCCCUCGUUCCCUCUUUUCUUCCUAUUUCUUUUCCUUGACUCCGGUACUCCAGACGCAGAGUUGCCCACCAUGAAGUCCGCUCUGUUGACCGCAGCUGUGCUGCUGGGUUCGGCCGAGGCCGGAAUCCACAAGCUGAAGCUCAAGAAGAUCCCCCUAUCCGAGCAACUCGAGAGUGUCCCUCUUCACACGCAGAUGGAGCAUCUUGGCCAAAAGUAUAUGGGCGUUCGACCUGACCAUCACGCCCAGGCUGUCUUCCAAGACACGUCUGUUCACGUCGAUGGCAACCAUCCCGUCCCGAUUACCAACUUCAUGAAUGCUCAGUACUUCUCUGAGAUCACCCUCGGGACACCUCCGCAGACCUUCAAGGUCGUUCUGGACACGGGCAGCUCCAACCUGUGGGUUCCGUCAUCAGAAUGCGGUUCUAUCGCCUGCUACCUCCACGCCAAGUACGACUCGUCCGAAUCUUCCAGCUUCAAGAAGAACGGCUCGUCUUUCGACAUUAGGUACGGGUCUGGCAGUGUCAGUGGCUACAUCUCCCAGGAUGUCUUGACCAUCGGCGACCUCAAGAUUAAGGACCAAGACUUUGGCGAGGCAACAAGCGAGCCAGGACUUGCUUUUGCUUUCGGCCGGUUUGAUGGCAUUCUAGGCCUCGGCUAUGACACAAUCUCCGUCAACCGUGUCGUUCCGCCCUUCUACAACAUGAUCAACCAGAAGCUCAUCGAUGAGCCCGUUUUCGCCUUCUACCUUGGCGAUGCUAACGAGGAAGGCGACGACUCGGAGGUCGUCUUUGGCGGUAUCAACAAGGAUCGCUACGAAGGCAAGAUCACCACGAUUCCUCUUAGGAGGAAGGCGUACUGGGAGGUUGACCUUGACUCGGUCUCUUAUGGCAAGGACGUUGCCGACCUCGAGGGUACCGGUGUCAUCCUCGACACUGGCACAUCUUUGAUUGCCCUCCCCAGCCAGCUUGCCGAGAUGCUGAACGCAGAGAUUGGCGCCAAGAAGGGGUUUAAUGGACAAUACUCAAUCGAAUGCAGCAAGCGGGACAGCCUCAAGGACGUCACCUUCGGCCUCAGCGGCUACAACUUCACCAUUGGACCUUACGACUACAUUCUCGAGGUUUCGGGGAGCUGUGUUUCAUCGUUCUUCGGCAUGGACUUCCCCGAACCAGUUGGUCCCCUCGCCAUUCUGGGCGACUCGUUCCUCCGGAGAUGGUAUUCUAUCUACGACCACGGCGCCGGCACUGUUGGUCUUGCCAAGGCGAAGAAAUAGAAAGCCAAGUCUUGCACUUGUUUUCAGCUCGACAGCGAGAGUGAAACCGAGAAACAGGGCAUAUGAGGGAUCAAGGAGAUGGCGGGAGCCUAUCCGUACUAGUUUUUCUUUUUGGAGGUAGUUUCCUUGUUGCGCCGUGGUUGAGAGGCUGUGCAGCCAGCCAGGGUGUCCCUAAGAUUCGAAUCCCUCCCUUCGGAGUUCCUAAGCAUACAAUUACGUACCCUACCUAGCCAGAGGUUUCCUUUUUGGUCUUGUACAGUACAGUACUCUCCAGUUUGUAACCACAGCAUUGCCCGGCUUUUAGUUUGGCAUUGAAGACCGAACAAAUUAAAUGCUUCCCCACCGAUAAGUGCUGCCCAUGGCUGCUAUUAAUUAGAUACUUCCUGCUCUGGGUUGUACGAAACCUGGAAAGGUCGGGCCUGUCUUCAGCCUGCUGUG